UUGAAUGGCAUCAACUGAUAACAAAGUUUGUCUAAUCGUGAUUGAUGGCUGGGGAAUAUCAGACAACACGGAAGGCAAUGCAAUCAAGGCUGCUGAAACACCUGUGAUGGACGCAUUAGCUGCAGAUACUCCUCGUGCGACAACAAUUGACGCUUCCGGUUUGGCUGUCGGCCUACCUGAGGGGCUAAUGGGAAACAGUGAAGUCGGUCACUUGACAAUCGGAUCUGGCCGGGCUCUAUAUCAAGACCUUGUUCGGAUCAACUUAGCCGUAGAUCACAGAGAAGACCCGAAGAAGGGGCUGUAUAAUAUUCCAAAUCUGAAGAAGGCAUUUGAGAAAGCAAAGUCGACGAAUAAUAGAAUCCAUUUUAUGGGUUUGGUCUCGGACGGAGGUGUGCACGGGCACAUAAAUCACAUGAUGGCGCUUUUUGAGGCGGCGAAAAGAGAGGGUGUGAAGGAUGCGUACUUGCAUUUCAUCGGGGAUGGGAGAGAUACGAGACCUAUAACUGGAGUUGGAUACCUGAAGACUACGUUGGAGCAUUUCAAGAGUAUAGGCUAUGGGAAGUUGGCGGAUGUGGUUGGCAGGUAUUAUGCAAUGGACAGGGAUAAGAGAUGGGAACGAGUGCAGGUUGCGUACGAGAUGCUGACUCAGAGGAAAGGGGAGCGAGUGGCAGAUGGAGAUGCAGCAGUGAAGUUGAUGGAGGACAGGUAUGCGAAGGAGGGAGAGGAGAGACAGACGGAUGAGUUCAUGAAGCCGAUAGUGGUGGGACCUGACUUCGAGGAGGGAAAACUGAAGGACGGAGAUACUCUGGUUCUCUUCAACUACAGAUCGGACAGAAUGAGAGAGAUUGCGGAAGCUCUGGGAAUGAAACCGCCCUUCGAGACCUCUGUCGUCCCCAAGGACACGUCUAUCUUCUGCAUGACCCAAUACAAUGCUGCAUUCCCCAUGCCACAGCUGUUCCCCCCACAGGUUCCUGCCAACGUGUUAGCCGAGGCGAUCGGAUCCAAGGGUGUGGCCCAGAUGCACGUGGCAGAGACAGAGAAGUAUGCCCACGUGACCUUCUUCUUCAACGGGGGACAGGAGAAGCAAUUUGACCUAGAAGAGAGAACGAUGGUUCCUUCGCCCAAAGAGGUGCCCACUUAUGACCUCAAGCCGGAGAUGAACUGCGCCGGAGUGGCCGACGAAGUCAUCAAAGCAAUGGAGAGCAACAAGUAUCCGUUUGUAAUGUGCAACUUCGCUCCCCCCGACAUGGUAGGCCACACUGGUCAAUACAAGCCAGCAGUGAAGGCGUGCGAGGCCACAGAUGUGGCCAUAGGCAGGAUCAAGGAGGCAUGUGCCAAACAGGGUUUCAUAAUGCUAGUCACCUCUGACCAUGGAAACGCCGAGGUCAUGAUAUCGCCCCAGGGAGGUCCCCAUACUGCCCACACAACUUCAAGGGUCCCAUUCUAUAUGUUCGAUCCCCAGUCGAAAUAUUCGUGGAAACAGGUGACCAGAAACACGACUCUUCAAGAUGUAGCACCGACUGUUCUGGAAUUUUUAGGUUUGCCAGUGCCGGAAGAAAUGGAAGGAGAGUCACUAGUUAACCUGUGAUGACUGUGGAACUUAUCACAUAUUAGUAUCAAUUUGAAAUUGAUUUGCACAGCCACGACUAGUAGAAAAAUGAAGCUAAUUGAAUUAACCUUUGAUACUCGAUGUAUAACACAGUAGCACGGUAGAUUGAAUGCUGACCAAUCAGUUAUGAUAUUUAUCACAUUUUGCUUAGUAACAUGAACUCAAUUAAUAUGCUACCCGUACCUAAGAAAUUCUUUAAUUCUGCCAAA